GGGACAACAAAAAGAACUCUACGGCAGACUGAAGACUGAAGGCAUCUGACGACAAGUCUCCUGGAUAAAAAUACAAACAAUAAAAUAAAGAUACUCCCUACUUUAACUGAAUAAACCGCACUGUGCAAUUUAUCGAUGUACCGUGUGGAAUGUAGACGCCACUGGACUAAACGUCAAGAUACCGGCACAACAUAUAAAUUAUUUAAUUCAAAACCAGGCAAAACACACUAGUUCUAUAUCAUAAAAAAUUCAAAGAAAUUUUAUUUAAAUAUUUAUCUCAUAAAUUAUUACUAUCAUUUUAAAUAAUACAUGCCCUACGGGGCUCACAAUUCACUCGAUCCUGCCCUGACUGACAGUGGUUCAUAUAUGAUAUGAUCCACGUGGCGUUCAAAUUUACCAGAGUAGGGUCUAGGUUCGGUCUGAGUCAAACCACCAGGAGGCGGUAGAGGCAAAUUUGUAUCUCCUGAGGUAAUGCUCACCUGGCGUUAAUGGCAUUUCCUUUUCCGGUGGAUGUUAAUGGGGCUCGUAAGUGGGAUGUUCUCCAUCUUAAAGGAGCAACAAAACAGGUGUCACUUCAUUGAAGUCUUCACAAUCCUCACUGUUGCUGUGUGGCUGCAAACCUCCAAAGAUGUGUGUUGACUUGACUGACUUUGGCCGACGUUGUGUGCACUGGCUUAAAGCCUCCCCUGAUGUCAGAACAAUGAAUCCUACCCACUGAACUCAAAGUCGUCCUGGGACUGGAUCCCAAAAUGGACAUCAAAUAAUAAGGUGCUGGUGAGAGGUUACCAUGGAAACCAGGACAGUGAUACAGCAGGAGCAGGCGUCGCAGAUGUCUCACAGCAUGCAAGUGUCCUCCCAGAAGAAGAAGAAGACCUUCAAGUCCAGUGAUGAAGACGUUUCCUACUCAGACUUCUAUCCCAUCAUCCCUGCUGAUGUGUUGUCUGUCAAGGAGCUCCUAAACCUGGAUAACAUCCACAGCACCUGGGACGUUCUGAGAGAGACGCUGGCCACUCGUAAACAACAUCACAGACAGAAGUGGACUCUGUUUGGAAACGAAGCUGAAAAGGUGGAAAUCGAUGUCAUCAGGAACCAGCGUUUGUUACGGACGCGGGUUGACAAACUGGCUCUCCGCCAACAGGCAGAGAGGAAGGCUUCCAUGCACAUUAAAUACCUGCAGCGUCUGAGUCAGAAGGUUCCAGACUUUCCAAUCCCACUCAGAGCUCACACCGUCUGGGAGGGCAUGACAGUCAAGCUCUGCUGUGUGGUCCAGGGCUGCCCUCCCCCGGAGGUCACAUGGUACAAAGAUGGCGUCUUACUGACCAGCUCCAACCAACCGUGGAACUUCAGCCGUCGACAAAGAUUUGGUCUCAACUUACUGGAGAUCAGAUGGUGCUCCCCCAGUGACGGCGGCGAGUAUAAAGCGGUCGCCAAGAGUCGUCUGGGUGAAGCUACAACCUUUGCUACAGUAGUGGUGAACUCAUAUCAAGGAGCAGCAGCUGGAGCCCAGAGCUGGCAGACACCCGCUCCACAGGACCAGGGGGAGGAGGCGCUCUUUGGCUCCUGCUUCCCUCCAACAUGGGUGAAAGAAGGAAAGGUCCUCCACCUGGAGUGUGUCUUCACUGCACCUCUGCUGCCCUACCAGCAGGACGUCAGCUGGUUCAGAGACGGUGAACAGCUGCUCCAGUCUGACACCGUGGACGUUCACACCGAGGGCGACAGAACGGCGUUGACUUUGAACGCCGCUCACAAAGAACAUGAAGGCGUUUACACUGUGAAGUUGAAGACCUUUGAUUCGCUCCUGGAACACAGUGCUUUUGUCUACAUCCAAGAUGCUUCAGCUGCAGUGGUGGGGGGGCCUGCCUCCCCCCUGGCGGUGCAGGUGUUGGACGUCAACAGAGACUACGUCUUCCUCACCUGGCAGCCCCCCAGUGCUGAUGGGGAAUCACCUGUGGACGGCUAUUAUGUGGAGAGGUGUGACCUCAGUCAAGGCCAGUGGGUUCGAUGUAACACACAGAUCCAGAAGACGUGUCAGUACCCGGUGUUUGGACUGGAGGAAGGAACCUGGUACCAGUUCAGAGUCUGUGCUGUGAACAAGGCUGGAACGGGACGUCCGUCCAUGGGCUCACAGCCGGUCUUCACCCAGGACCCCCUGGAGCACACCAGGACCAUGGGUAACACUUUUGACACUGACAUGAAGAGAGAAAUGUGGAAAUGUCAGAUCAGAGUUCCUCUCCCACCCACAAACGUCCACGCCUGUGAGGUGAGCAACACCUACGUGGUGCUGAGCUGGACGGAGCCAGAACCCCGAGGCAGAGAACCGCUCAGCUUCUAUGUGGAACGGGUCAGUCUUUACAUUUUUUUUUUAUACCUGGUUCUUCCAGAUGUUCCGUCUCCGCCCUCCGCCAUCGCCCUGCUGCUGUGCACUGGCUCAGAGAUGGUGUUGGGUUGGAGGGCGCCGCAGAGUCGAGGUGGCGCCCCCAUCCUUGGUUACUACCUGGACCAGAGGGAGGACGAACAGGUGACAUGGAGAGAGGUCAACGUCAAGUCAGUCAAAGAGCGGCAGUUCAAGGUUUGUAGCCUGUCCAGUGGUCACUGGUAUCGCUUCCGUGUCUUUGCUGCCAAUAUGGCCGGUGUUGGAAAACCCUCUGAGGCCAGUGACGCGUUCCUGUGUGAGAAGUGGACGAUGCCAGAACCAGGUUGCCCUUUUGACCUGCAGGUCAAGGAGGUGAGAAACGACUCCCUGGUGCUGCUGUGGAAGACUCCACUGUACGAGGGCCAGAGCGCCAUCUGUGGGUACAUCCUGGAAAUGUGUCAGGAUGAUGAGUCGGAGGAGUGGAGGACGGUGAACGACCAGGACGUUUCUGACACACGUUACAAGGUCUCAGGUCUUCAGGCUGGUCAGACCUACAGGUUCCGUGUGUCUGCCGUGAACAAGGCCGGCGUCGGUCGGGCGUCCCUGCCCACAGAGCCGGUCACUGCUGAGACCAAACCAGGAACUAAAGACAUAGAGAUAGGAGUGGACGACGACGGCUUCAUAUUCCUGGGCUACGAGGCCGACAAGGUGAUAGAGCAGGACGACGUCGUCUGGAACAAGAACUACACGGAGCCCAUCGACCCAGAGAGGGCCCAAAGUGAAACCACCAAAAACAAGUCAGUCCUCACCUUCACUGAGGCCUCGGAGGACGACCUGGGUCUUUACACCAUAGAGGCCGGCGACAACUCGGACCUGUCGUCCAGCUACGACUUCACUGCUGAAGACCUGGAACGUCUCAAAGAACUCAGCUGGCAGGUCAGGAAUCCACUGAUCGCCCUGAAGUCGGGCUGGAACGUGGAGGUCUCUGACAAAGGCGACGUCCGUCUGUGGCUCCAGACCGAGAGUCUGAGUAAAGACGCCGAGCUGUGUCUCAUCCUCAACGACAAGGAAAUCUCCAGUACAACGGUGAGAGCUUCCUACUUCAGUGAAACCGUGGCGUUGGCAAACGCAAAACGACACGACUACAAGAGGAAAUCAGGGCCUUACUUCAAAGAGUACCUGUCCUGGAGUAUUAACGAAGACUUUGAACUCGUCAUCAAGUGCCAGGUGACAAACACCAACAAAGACUCCUGUCUGAGCUGGUUUAAAGACGACAGGAAGCUGACCCAGGUGGUCUACGACGGGUCAACGGGGGUCAGCACUCUGACCCUCUCACAGAUUUCGAAGGACGUCUCGGGUUCAUACAGAGCUGUGGUGACGGAUAAGAGAGGAGAAGACGUCAGCACGCUGCAGCUGCUGGGUGGAGAGUAUGACAAGCUUCUCCAGCAGCUCAGCAGACAGUGUGCCCUGUCAGCUGGUCCACUGAACGUUGACAGCACCGCUGAAGGUUUCAGGCUGUACUGCUCACUUAAAAACAACCUGGGCCAGAUAAAGACCAGCUGGUACUUCAGGGAGAAGAAGAUUGACCAGGAGGUGAGGAGAAACGCUGAGAGCAGCGCAGAGAUGGUCUGGAUCAACAUCUUCAACCCCACAGACAACGACAAAGGAAAAUACACCCUGGAGAUGUUUGAUGGUCUGGAGACCCACAGGAGACACCUGGACCUGAGUGGACAGGUUUUUGCUGAUGCUCUGCUGCAGCACCAGACGCUGAAGCAGUCGGCCAUUGCUGAAAAAAACCGGGCUAAGGUCAGCAGAGGUCUUCCUGAUGUGGUUGCCAUCAGAGAAGGAAAGUCUCUGUGUCUGACCUGCUUCAUCGAAGGAGAACCAGCUCCUCAGAUCUCCUGGCUCCGUAACGACAAGGAGGUCGUUGACCCGGUCCAGUUCACCAUCACCAAAGAGGCCAAACGCAGCACCAUCACCAUCAACAACGUCAGCCUGCAGGACUCAGGGAAGUACAGCAUCUUCGUACGCAACACCUACGGCUGUGAGACGGCCAGUGUGACGGUGAGCGUGUACCGACACGGAGAGAAACCUCCGGCAAACGCGGUGGAGAUGGGCUUUUAGGAGAUCGGGUCUGAGAGCGUGUGAAGAUGGAGGUCGGGGUUUUAUUUCACUUUGAAGGUGAAGUUUGUGCUUUUGUUCAUUUUAUUUUGGGUUUGUCAGUAUUAAGCAUGGAACGUCCCUUUCCUCGCCUGUAGGUGGUGCUAGAUUAACAUUUGAAAGCCUCGUUUUAAUGAUAUGCUAGUGAACAGUGAGUUUACGUAUUAAUGAGGAGGACAUGGAGGAUGCUGGUCACUGAUUGGUCACUGGCUGUAAGGGACGCACACCAAUAAAGACAUGUAGCAUGUCGUCGGUGCGCUAACAAGCAGAGUGUUUUUGCUGUGUUAGCAACAGGAUGUAGCAAGUAAGGGGUCUAGGUGUGGUGUGUUACUGCGUGUUAGCACUGUGCUAACAGGACGCAUUUUAUUUUGAAGUGAUUGGUGUUAACGUUAGUCUUUACUGAGGCAAGGCUAGGCUAGUCCUGUUAACACCCUUAGCUUAGCUUCUUUCUUGGGCUUGACAUGCAAAAAAUAAUUUUGUGAGUUGAAUUACUGCCACCUACUGGGUGUAUUUUACACUGGUAAAUAUUUCCUGUAGAAGACGCAGAACAUUUAUAACUGGCUAAAGGUUCUCUGGGUUGUUCUGUAGCUAGCCUGUGCACAGAAGGGCUUUAAAGGGUUAACAUUUUAAAUGAUUGAAAGUCAUGUGACUGAACGGAUGUGGCAGAGUUUUCUUUUCUUUUUUAAUCAACAGUUUCUGCAUCUUUUGUAAAAAGUCCAGACUUCCUGCUCAGACUGUAACUGAGCGUUGAGUCACAUGACGGUUGUGUCAACUUUGAUUGAUCAAUUCAAACACAGUUUGGAGGUUUGUGCGGCUCCUCAACAGCAACACGACGUUAGCAACAUUAAAAAAAGAUGAUUCAACGUU